GAUGGAACCCGGCAAGGCCAAGUGCUCGCUCCAGCACCCGUGGGUCCAAGCACUGCCAUGGUGCUGGCAGCCACAUGCGAUGCAUUUGGACGAGUGGCUUUGUUUUGUUUGGAGACGCUUCGCUGUCUUCACCUGUGGAAAGGCUACCGGGAUGCACAAGUUGCAUGGCUCGCAUGCAACAGCAGCCCGUCCGUCAACAAGGAAUGUCACAAAGCUGAUGUGCCUGGGUUGGUGAUCUAUGCUCCGCGACGAGGUCUUUUGGAGCUUUGGACGCUGCCUUCACAACACAAUUGUCCCAAGCGUGCUGCAGCCAUGUGCGUGGGCUCCGAUUGCUUGCUGCUCUCUGCUGACGCAGGGCAAGCUUACCUUUUCUGGCCUACUGGCAAGCUGGACAGACUUGUUUGGCCAUCCGGAACCUCCGCGCCGCCUACCCAAGCAUCAGCCUCACAAGUUCCUCGACCUGGAGGUGACGAUAGCGAUGCGUUUGAUUCAGCAGACAGCGAAGCUGGCGAGUGCAGCCCAGAUGCUGCCGGCAAAGAGCUGCAUGCGGCGCGGUCGGCAGCUCCAGAGUCUGACAAAAUCUGA